AGAAAAUUCUACUUCCGGGAUAAACAAGGGCACGCUGUUUUGUUGAAUAACUGUCCUUGUUUUAAUGUGACUAAGUUGCCAAAACUGCACAUCUACAGAGGUAUUUGCUUUUAUCUGAAUGUGUCAUGCGACAUUUGUCACGAAAGGACUUGCCUUAAAUAGUAGUGAACGCGACGUUUAGCUUGAAACCUGAAAGUUGUGAGUUCGAGCCAGCAAUCACAGAUUAGUAUAGCUAGCUUAGUUAACAUCCACCUGUCAUACAAUCAGCCACCAAGUUGUCUUUGAAGGAAAGUCAAGUAGCUAACCGUCAUACAUAGUUGGCUAGUGAUCUUACUAGAUUUAUUUGUUUUGCGUGUUUCUCUUGCCAACAACUUCAUGGCGAAUCCUUCCCAUGUAUCAAGAGUUUUCUCUUUGUACAAGAGGAUUCUACUGUUGCACCGGUUCCUGCCCAUUGACUUGAGAGCGCUGGGAGACCAGUAUGUCAAAGAUGAAUUCAGAAGGAACAAAACGGCGGCGCCCGAGGAGGUCACUGUCUUCAUGAGGGAAUGGGGGAACUACCAGGACAGUCUAAAUACCCAGGUGCUGGAGUCUGCAAGGGACCGUGUGAAGAAGGUGGAGUUUGGAGCAGAGUUGUCGGAGGGGGAUCUCAAACUGUUCCAGGACGAGCAGGUGGGACAGCUGUAUGAGCUGAUGCUGGAGUCCACCAAGCCCAACAGACAGUUCGACAUCCAGGAGGAAGGAUUCAAGAAGUGAAGGAGUAGACCAGGAUGCUCCCAUACUGAACAGAUAGGGAGGUGGUGCAUCUCAAUAGUUUAAAGUGUCUCUUUCCUUGUCUCCUCUCCUUCAUAUACAAUUUUCUUUUUUUUCAUUGAACCUGUAUUUUUACAGGACAGGUUAGUCUCAUUUAGUCACUUAUUCAAGAGAGAGACGUUUCAUUUCACACAGUGGACACCCCACAGAUAUGUCCAAUUCAUCAGUGCAGAUGAAGAAAGGUGACGAGGGAGGAAGACACUUUAGACCAGGGGUCGGCAACAGGCAAGCCGCGGGGCAAAACCAUCCCGCAAGUGAUUUUGUUUGACCCGACAAAGUUUUUAGUGAAAAAAGACUAGCAUCUUCAGGAAUUCAGCCCAAAAAUUUAAUUCAGGAACAUUUGUUCCCAAGUAUUUCCAGAAAUGUAGAGAGAGACAUAUGUGAUGGUGUUUCAAUAUAAUCAAGAUAUUAAAUUAUUGUUAUUUUCAAAUACAGUCUGUUUUUGGGCUUGCUUUUGGUCAAUUUGCAGUGUGCAAAUGACAGAAAUUGGCCUGCGGUUGAAAUUGGCCUCUAGUUGCCCCCCUGCUUUAGACUAUUGCGCUGGAGCCAGGGAGAAGAGUAAGGGAUGUGUGACUUAGAGGUAUUCUGAGGUAUUCUGACUGGUACACCUCCGAAGAAACGAACUGCACUCAAGCCCCGAAUGAAAUGGAAGCUUUUAGGAAAUGUUAUAAUUAUAUUAAAGUACUGUCUGUGAAAUAAAAAUACCACUGAAUGCUCAGUA